ACCAGCUAGACUUGUUCCAGAUAAGUGGGCCCAUGAACAGAAAUACACCUUUCAAGUCUAGGGAAAAGACAGUUUUUGACUGUCUUUCCCUUAAAUGUAAGGAUAACUUUCUAGGUUUGCAUUGCGCUAGAGCAAUGUUGUUUGAAAUGCUUUGACAUUUAAUAGCAAAACUGACAUACCAGAAGAUUCUGGGGGUCCUAUCCAAGCAGCUGCCUGAAUUGAAUAUAUUCCAUCUCAUUUUGAUUUUAAAAAAUGGCCUUUUCUUGCUGCUUCACCUGUUGCCCCUUAAUCGCGCAGCCGUCAAGAGAGAGGGAACCUCUGAAUCCUCAGCACUCAAGAAACUGUCAAAGGAUCAGAAAUGUUAAUUUCACCAAGGAGACAUCCCUUAUAAUGAAACGAGUCAAUGUGCCUGAACUUGAUGCCCUGUUCAAUAGCAUUGCCGAGACCUUCAAUAAGCAGCAAGAUCAUUGCUUGUCUCUCCGAGAAGCUACACAGACCUUAAGGAACUCCUAUGACUGUUCACCCGUAAGCAGCCUUUCUGUUUGCAUGGAGAAGAUCUUGCAGGAACAUAGUGCUUACAAUGUCCAGGUGUGUAUGGAAGGAUACAGGUUUUGGCUAGAUGUGGGAGUGGAGGAAGUCCCUCAGAAACUGAAGCAGACUCAGCAGCAGGUGGAGAAAUUGAAUUUUGCCACCAAAGGAAUAGUUAGUAAAACAAUAGAGGAGAUGAUUUACUCAGUUCAUCAGUGCCAGGACAGUUUGAUGGAGAAAGUGAAAGACUCAUCACCUGAGUACCUAGACUGGAUACGUCUAGAAAGCAACCUAAAAGAAAAUAUUGAGAAGAUAAAUCAAGCACAGAAGUAUUCAAUGGAGUAUAGAGAAGAAGCCGAUUAUGUGCUGUUGAAUAUGGCAAAAUCAGCAAACGUGACACUGUAAAGCAGUGGUUCCCAAUCUUUUUUUUGGCCAUGCCCCAUAGAAUUCCGGGACACAGAAUUCUUACUAUUCAAAAGAGAACUUCUAGUCAUGCAGAAGAAGCCUAAAAGACCAUUAAAUUGGUUUAAACAAGGUUCCAAAGAACAUGGCAUCCAUGAAAGAAAAAAAAUAAAAGAACAAAAGACAAUAGAAAUACUGAGGAACUUAAAAAAUAAUAGUAUGAAGGAAUACGAAAAAACAGCAAAUAAAGUUUCAGAACUUAUCAUAGAGAACUGAAAUGCAUAAAUAUAAUUUUAAUGAAAGCUUUUUCUGUAAUAUUUCAAUCAUAUUAAUUACUAUACAUAUUAAAAUAAAGGUACCUAACAAAUUCAAAAUACAAUUUGAGCUCACCUCAAGAUCAUAUUUACAAUGCAAUCCUAUGCAUGUCUACUCUGAAGUAAGUACCAUUGUCUUCAAUGGAGCUUACUCCCAGGAAAAUGUUGUAGGAGUGCAGCUUUAGUCUACUUAAGUUAGUGAGAUACUUGUGCCUGCUGCAGAGAGAUUUUAUGUUAGGCUCCAAUUUCGUCAGCUUCAUUUUCAAGUCUCAUCCAGUGAUAUCCAGUCGAUUUUUUUUCUUCAGUAGCAAAUCAUUCACAGCACUAAAGCCACAUUCAGCUAAAUAUGAAGAUGGGAAUGGUAACAGCAGUUUUCUUGCAAAGCAGGUUGAAUUUGGGUAUUUAGGUUCUGUCUCAUCACAAAGCCAUGCCUUUUAUGCAUACGGUUUCUGACUAAAAGAAAUAAAUGUGAGAAAAACUUAUGUAAUGAUGCAAAUUAUUAAAAGAAAUAGCUAUUAAAAGAAGAUGGAGCAGAAAGAGGGAAAUUUAAAAAAAAAUUCUUAGCUUAAUCUAUGAAUAGAUUAAGCCCACUGCAACUACAUCGCCAAAAAGGCUUUAAGAGUUGUAAACUUAAUCUUGCGUAGCUUCUUCUCCAGAAAGAUUACACUACUAACCAGAGCAUACAAAACAUUUGCUAGACCAAUUCUCGAAUACAGCUCGCCUGCCUGGAACCCACACUUCAUUUCGGACAUUAAUAAAAUUGAGCGCGUCCAAAAAUAUUUUACAAGAAGAGUUCUCCACUCCUCUGAUCACAACAAAAUACCUUAUGCCACCAGACUUGAAAUCCUGGGUUUAGAAAAUUUAGAAUUCCGCCGCCUUUGGCAUGACCUGAUUAUAACUCAUAAAAUCAUCUGCUACAAUGUCCUUCCUGUCGAAGACUACUUCAGCUUCAAUCACAACAAUACAUGAGCACACAAUAGAUUUAAGCUUAAUGUGAACCGCUCCAAUCUUGAUUGUAGAAAAUAUGACUUCAGUAACAGAGUUGUUAAUGCCUGGAAUG